AUCUCUGUGCAUAGCAUUGAAGCACUUGAAAGAUGCAGAAAUUGGGUGACUUCAAACUACCACAUUUCUUCAAUUACCCACCUUACUUCACUUUGCAGCCUGUAAGAGACACAAGAGAGAAGCAGAUACAAGUACAACUAUGGAAAGAACUUAUUUUAGAUUAUUGUAAAACACAGAAGAUAUUUGUAAUUGGACUUGAAGAAGAAUUUCCUCUAUUUACAAAUCAUGUAAUUGAAAGGUCUCUUACCCAUGAAGCCAGAGCAACUUUCCUUUCAGCAUUAGUUUCUGAAGGACGUGCAGAAUGGAUGGAUAAAGGACAUAGGAAGUGUCUUAUUCUCUGGCAUCGGAUUCAAGAUUGGGCUGACAUUUUGAUACAGUUUGCAAAAGAUAAUGGACUGGAAGAUGGUGUUGUGACGAUAGAAGAAAUACGAUCUGGGACUGAAUCUCAAGGAACAGGUAAUCUGUUAAUGCUUAUGUCCUAUCUAUUUAUUAAGCUAUAAUUUGUGACAGGAAAAGUUUGACGAUUAUUUGCUUGUUCAAUUCAAUUGUCUUGUGUGUUGAAGCAUGCGAGUAUAUGUUUAGGACUUGAUAGUGGUACUUUUGUUAGGCCUUUUAAAUAUUAUUGCUUUUCAAUGUGUUUCCAAUCAAUCUAGUUGAAUCGGACCCUUUUGAACGAGAUUACGUAUGUGGUUUCCGGUAGUUGA